GCCGCUGCCGCCUGUAACCUGCGCCGCCAGGAUGUGGCUGGGGGCUGACGUCGGGUCCAGAUGUGGCCCCGGCCCCGCCCACCCCCGGGGCCGGUCCGCCCACACCGAGCCGCGGCGCGCACGGAGGCUGUCCCGCCUGCCACAAUGCACGGUGGAACUGCGACCGCAACUUGCAGGGGUCGUGCCUAACAUCGCCGCUCGACAUCCGUAAGACAAGCCGGCCUUGACGCCGCACGCGGACCCUCCUCGUUGGAGCCCCCCAUGCGCUCACCCUCCAGUACCCGGCCAGGCGGACGCGGAGCCGCGCGGGUGACGGCAGAAGCGGCUGCGCGCCCAGCCUAGCCCAGCCCAGCCGGAGAAGAGGGCGCGCCGCGCCCCCGCCCCCCGCCGCUCUCCGGAGGCCGUGGGUGCGGAUGCGCCGCUGACGACUCCUGCGAGAGCACCGCGCGCCCGAGCCCGCAGCAUGGCAGCCGCCGCCUAUGUGGAUCACUUUGCCGCCGAGUGCCUCGUGUCUAUGUCCAGCCGCGCAGUCGUGCACGAGCCGCGGGAAGGGACUGAGCCCCGGCCCGAGGGCGCGGCCGCCGCCGCCCCCACACUGCCCCGUGUUGACGAACGCCGCGACGGCAAGGACAGCGCCUCGCUUUUCGUGGUGGCGCGGAUCCUAGCGGACCUCAACCAGCAGGCGCCCGCGCCCGCCCCCGCGGAACGCAGAGAAGGGGCCGCUGCGCGCAAGGCGAGGACCCCCUGCCGCCUGCCGCCCGCGCCCCCUGCACCGCCGCCCGCCCCAGAACCCGCCUCCCCGGGACAAGCAGGCGCGCCGGCCGCGCCCCCCAGCCCCGCGUGGAGCGAGCCCGAGGCGGCACUGGAGCCGGAGCCGGGCCCCGCGGGGAGCGGCGAGCCCGGCCUCAGACAAAGGGGUCGGCGGGGCCGGAGUCGCGCCGACCUCGAGUCCCCGCAGAGGAAGCACAAGUGCCACUACGCGGGCUGCGAGAAAGUUUACGGGAAAUCUUCGCACCUCAAGGCGCACCUGAGAACUCACACAGGUGAGCGGCCCUUCGCCUGCAGCUGGCAGGAGUGCAGCAAGAAGUUCGCGCGCUCGGACGAGCUGGCGCGGCACUACCGCACGCACACGGGCGAGAAGAAGUUCAGCUGCCCCAUCUGCGAGAAGCGCUUCAUGCGGAGCGACCACCUGACGAAGCACGCCCGUCGCCACGCCAACUUCCACCCGGGCAUGCUGCAGCGGCGCGGCGGGGGCUCGCGGACCGGCUCGCUCAGCGACUACAGCCGCUCGGAUGCCAGCAGCCCCACCAUCAGCCCGGCCAGCUCGCCCUGAGCGCCCGCCCGCGCCCGGACCGCGCCUCGCCCCCUUGGUCAUAGGAAAGCUGAGCGAACUUGAGAAGUCCACAGCAAAACACUUUUCUUCACCUCAGGUGUCAAUUUUUAACAAAAAAAAAAAUUGUUUUUUUUUUCAAAAAAAAAAUAUAUACACGACCCACAAAUUGCACAAUAGAGCUAGCCACGAAGUUGAGAUUCAGCGGUGUUGAAACCCCCCCCCCCCCCCUUUCUCAGGGAUGGACGCGGUCCACGAGGUCAGUGAGGGCACGUCUUUCUGCCGCCUUACUCUGUACAUAGAUUUGCACUCUGGAGUUUUCUGUGAGGUUGGGGGAUCACUGGGGCAGAGCAGGCCAGCUGGGAACAGAUGUGGCCACUGACAUUGUGCUUUCGCAGCAGGCCCCCGCUCCCCCAAAGGCCUGUACCCCUCUUCCUGCUUACCACUCAGUUGCUGUCCUCUGCCCCUCGGCCUGGCUCAGAGCACAGGUGGGUCUGAGGGAACUGGCCACCUCACAGGGAUGUGGUAAGCCAUGACAGACCAUGGGAGCACGUGCCUGUGGAACUGUGGAGAAGGACAUCUGCCUUGUAAGCGUGGUCCUGCCUGGCUUUCUGCCUGCAGAAAUCCUCAGAAAAAUGGAGGCCAGAUGCAAACCCCGCCUGGAUUUGGGACACCAUUGCUGCCAACAACCCAGGGAGGCGGCCCGGGCCCUGCCUGCCCUACAGAAGGCACCUGGGACCCGUCACCCUCACACCACGUUCUCAGACUGGGAAAUAGUGCCCUGGGCACGGUGUGCUGAAACUGCCCCCCCCCCCCCCCCCCAAAUUGGUGGUGUUUCAUCCAGUUCCCCAAGUUCUCGUGCCCUGGGCCACUGUGGAGGCCUCUGUUUGCAGCAGGACCAUCAUGCCCCCUCUUCCGCCUCUUCAGUCUGUGUGUGUGGCCCUGUGGGUGGCAGCGCUCACAUCCCACAGAGACCGCUGGUGGCAAAGGCAUUAUCUAUCGGCCGGACCUCCUCAGAGCAGCACAGCAGAUGUGAUAGGAGCUGAUGAUACAUACUGGAGAGACAAGGACCCUGCUUCUGCGGCGGGACACCUCGUGAAAGUUGUGGGGGUCACCUUCUCAGAACCUUGAGUGGAGACUUUAGCAAACCCACGGUUCCACACUGUUGCACUCCCCACUUCCGGCCCUCUUUUCUGCCUGCCCUGCCUCGGAGGACCCUAGCCACACCCAAUCUGCAGGGUGGGGAUGGGGGAGGGGCUGCCGGUAAAACAGCAGGAACCGAAGCCAGGCCUGCCCUGUUUCUCCUGGAGCCCACACCGGGGCUGGGCUUCAGAUGUUGGGCCUCCUUAGCAAGACCAUGUUCUGGUCGCUCUUCUGCAGAUCCUUGGAGUGUCCAUCUACUCCCACCCUGCAGAGACCCAGCCAUUUCCUCCCCUUCUCCUAAGAGCUGAGGCCUAGGAACAUAAGGCCCCAGGACUGGAUAUAUAUGUGUAUGUGUGUACGUGUGUGUGCGUGUGCGCGCGUAUGUAUUGGGUGGGUGGGUUUGGGAUGGACUUGAGGUGUCCUCCAGAGACCUCUCUUCAUUUCGAUGUGGAGGAUCAGCCCUUGUGACUCAGAGGGCCGUAGAUGGGCUUCCUGGGCCCAGAGUGCCUUGGUUGUGGUCAUUCUGCCUGUACCCCAGCCCUCACACAGUGUAGGGGGGUAGCACAGGGAAAACCCAGAGACCAUGCCCAGCCGGGUCUGUCUGCAGUUUCUGGCUGUUGUCAUGUGGCUACCUUGUGGACCUGGGACACCACUUUCUAACUUCCCAUGUCAGCUUUGAGAGGCUAAUGGCAUAGGGUGGCUUCUGGUAGUGCAGUAGGUGCUGAGCUGGGCUGUGGCAUUGUUGCUGCCGAAAGCAGGUGUGGUGGGUGUGUGUGUGGGGGUCCCUUGCCCUGGUCCAGUGCAGGGCUGGUGACAGCCCUGCUUGCAUUUCAUCUGGGGAAGAGAAUGGAAUAUGUGGUCGGGACCUAGACUGAAGGGAGCCCUGGGUGCUUGGGGUGUGGCGAUCUUCAUGCUGAGUUCCAAAGUGUCGUCCCUCCCAAAGUCGGUGUGUGAGGCAGAGAAAGCCACACUCUGAACACAUUUCACGUCUCAGGAAUUCACAUUCCAGAUUCAGGAAUUUUAUUCCAAAGUCCUUUGGUGCACCUGCAUCCACGGUUCUGAAGACAGAGGGAGGCAGCAGUGUGCCUCAAAGGCCAGCCGAGGUCUCUGUCUGCUUGUGCUCUCCCCCAGAGUCACAGAAGGAGCCUUUCCAACUCCGCCACUGCCUGCACCUAGGAAGGGUAAAAAGGACUCUAAGCCCCAUCAUCUUGGAAUAAAAGAAAGAGCUGGUUUGUCGUAGUAGAGCGGGUUGGGGGUGGGUGGGGGAGGGGAAAGCGGGCGUAGGCUAUUUCCAAAGAGCACUUAAUUUAAUUUUUCCUCUGAAUGACCCAGGGCUGUUCCAUCGGACGGAUGGAAGGGUAACGUUGCCUUAAAACAGAAAUAUGCAGGCGUUGGCUAUUUUUGGCAAAUGAACGUGUCUUCAUUCCCAAAGUGGUUCUCCUUUAAUGGCAGGGUGUGGUCCUUCAGCAUGGGACCGAGGCACCCCUCAUGGACCCCUCCCCAUAUCAUCUGGGGCUUCAGUUCAUCUCAUCAAGGGGUGGGAGGAAGGGAGAAACAGGACUAGGCUCAUUUCCAGUGGGUUCUCAUUAGGUUCCCAUCUCGUCAUAAACAAGGGAUACCUUCUAAGAUGCAGAGGCUUCCCAGUCUGGGUCUGUUGCGGGGUCUUUGAUUUUUUGCGGUUAUGGCCAUAUUUUCUGGUUUCAGUUUGACUGAGGAACCCAUAGGGUGCCCAGAAAUAAUAUGAAAAGUCAAAUCUUUUUUUUUUUUUUUUUUCAAGGGACGGGAGGCAGAGAUCCCACAAUGAAAGUGCCUGAGUGAGGGGAGAGUUCCCCACCGCAGUGUCUAAAAGGAAUUCUGGACUUCAGCCAUCAGGGGGCUGGAGUUUAGCUCAUGUCCCAAAUGAGAAAGCCCCUCUUUGCGUCAGCCAUAUUAGGGGGUCAAUGUCUGUUCCCCAGAUGCCUACUGAAUCCUACAGCCAUACAGAAAACAGCCCUUUCCAAAGAGGGCCCUCGGUUCUCUCUUGAUGGGUGCUACGUAGGGAUGGACAGUGAUGCCCUUGAUGGGAGUGUGGUCCUGGAGGUGCCCUACCUGUGUCCUGCUGUGCCCCCUACCCACAGGACCUAAGUUCAAGGUCCCCACCUCCAGCUCAUCCCAUCUCAACUUUGUUCUGAGGCCAGCAUUGGGACAGGCUCAGGAUUCACCAGAGUGCAGCUUCCAGGUGCAAAAACCUGCACCCUGGUGAAGGGUGAUUUAGAUUUGGGGAAGAGGGAAGGAGACAUUCUGUGGUUCCAAGGGAAAUGUGGCAGAACAGAGGGGUUACCAUUUCAGACUUCUUCCUCCCAGCCUCAUUCUGUCCAGGAGGCCGGCCCUUUUCUUGCCAGAAGCAGGUGCUACAUACAAUGUACACAGGGUCACAGCAUUUCCUAGAGGCUUCCUCUGGGAUCUCCACCAAGCAGGGGCACCGUCCAUGUAAGACAAAUCUGAGCAAUAGCUUGGCCUCGUUUCUCAGCUCCCGGUUGUGGCUUUUUUACAAGGCUACCUAUUUGGACUUCUGACAGGUGUUACUGAAUGCGCAUCCCCCACACACACACUUUACAAAAGGUCAUUAGGUCAGAGACAGUGCUGGAAGGUUUAUGUACAGCCAUGUUGUGAUCAGUAAAAUGCUUUGUAGGUCACCCACAUUUUUUUUGCUGUCCAGAGUUUCCAUAUGUGAGUCCUGGUGGCCAUAUCUUUCAAAGUGAAAAUCCAGAUGUGGACUCACUGUUUUGAAAUCGGGAUGGCACGAGGAAGAGCCAGGCCCCAUGACUAAUUUUCCUGAUUCUGAGUCUUCGAAGGUUUGUCCUGGACACAUUCCAGAGAAUUUUGUACCCAAACAUGGAUGCUCAAUCCAGCUAACUACUGAUAGAGGCCUGAGCACUGGUGAGGGAGAGGCCCUUCCUCUUGCUGGCUAAUUGACCUCCAGCGAAAGGAGCAGAACUGGCCUGGAGGCCCCAGGCCACCAGGGGAAGGAGGCUGGCUUGUUUUCCGUUGACUCCCUACAGCGAUAGUGGUGGGCUUGUCUUGGAACUCUCUAGCUCAGCCCCGCUCCCCCACCCCCCCAAUCUCACACAGCUUUAAAAACUUAACUACUUUUAUUUAGAAACAAACAGGAUGGCAAAGAAGACUCCUCCCCCACACCCCUGGGGGUGGGCAGGAAACAGGUCAGGCAUGAGGGUGGGGUUUCUCCCAGCUCUUUCCCUAGGACACCCACUGUGGGUCUGCUGCCUGUGCUCAGGAGCAAGGGCAGCCUGUGAGCCAGGCUGCCCUUCUCAGAACCGAGAGCCUAGACUUGGGAGUAUCUCUUCCCCAGGAGAAGCUAUGGCCACUUCUCACGUGACUGACACUGCCUGGUCAUCUGCUCCAGUGUCAUACUUGAGUUACGAGAACUACCCUGGUAUGUGAGAAGAAGGAUUUCUCUGUUCCCCAUUGCACACUGGAGAGGCCCGGGGUGCCUAGUGCAGGGGACCCCAGGGACAGUAACACAAGCCUCCUUGCAUUGUGGGGCCAGAGCUCCUGGCCUUCCAUGGUGACUGGAUAUCCCUGUUGUGGUUUCAUUGGUUAGGCCCAGGUGACUGCUUCUCAUCCAAAGCCAUCGGUGGAACUUCUGUGGGAUCCUUUGCCAAAACCCCAAGGCAAAAUCCAAGGGUCCAAGGCCAUUUCCAUCAAGUUCCAGGUUUUCUUUCCUAUAGGAACUUUUUUUUUUUUUUUUUUUUAAACAAAACCCUAGCUCCCAACAUGCUUCCAAAGGCCAUGUUCUGUCUUUCCUGGAUCACUACAGUGAAGUAUUACAGUUGUACAGUUCCCAAUCUGGCCUUGGCUUGCUCGGAUAAAACUUUGUUAUGUAUUUUGUAAGGCAUAGAUUCUAUAUUGUAAUGUCCUAUGCAAAAGAAAAAAAUUAAUGAAAUUGUAAAUUUUAUUGUUUUAACAUGUAUGCAUGUUUAGUGACGUUUACAUUUUGAAAUAAAAUUUAUGAUUCAUUA